GGGCGGCCGCGGCGCAGCAGCCGGAGGCGGCGAGGCAUGGCAGCCCCCUGCGGAGAGCAGAUCCACCGGGAGGUGCAGGAUUACUAUGGCAAAAGGCUGCAGAAGUCGGCGGACCUGAAGACCAAUGCGUGCAUCACCUUGGCCAGGCCCCUUCCCAAGGCGGUGAGAGAUGCUCUGGAGAAUGUCCACGAGGAGGUGGUGGCCAGGUACUAUGGCUGCGGUCUGGUGAUCCCCGAGUGCCUGACAUCGUGCCGGAUCCUGGACCUGGGCAGCGGCAGCGGCAGAGACUGCUACCUGCUGAGCCAGAUGGUUGGGGAGUGGGGCCAUGUCACCGGGAUAGACAUGACUGAGGGCCAGGUUGAGGUGGCGAAGAAGCACAUUGCCUACCACAUGGACAAGUUUGGCUACAAAAAGCCAAAUGUGGAGUUCCUUCAGGGAUACAUGGAGAAGCUGAGUGAUGCCGGGCUGGCUGACGAGAGCUACGAUAUUAUCAUCUCCAACUGCGUGAUCAACCUCGCUCCCGACAAGAGGGCCGUGCUGCGGGAGGCCUACCGUGUGCUGAAGCCUGGGGGAGAGAUGUACUUCAGUGACGUCUACGCCAACCAGUGCCUGAGCGAGUCUGUCCGGAAGCACAGGGUGCUGUGGGGGGAGUGCCUGGCGGGAGCCCUGUACUGGAGAGACCUGUACAGCAUCGCUGAGGAGGUGGGGUUCAGCCCCCCGUGCCUCGUCACUGCCAGCCCCAUCACCAUCGGCGACAAGGAGCUGGAGGAUGUCAUCGGUGACUGCCGCUUUGUCUCUGCCACUUUCCGCCUGUUCAAGGUGCCGGGUAGUAGCCGGGCUGGGCCAGGACAGGUCAUCUACAAUGGUGGGAUCGUGGGGCACGAGCGAGAACUGGUGUUUGACGCCAACUUCACCUUCAAGGAAGGAGAGGUGGUGGAUGUGGAUGCUGAGAUGGCUGCGAUCUUGCGGAGCUCUAGGUUUGCUGAGGAAUUCCUGAUCCGAGCUGGCGGGGCCAACACUACCGCACCACAGGGCUGCUGUCCCAAGGGGGUGAAGGCAUGAGAACCCCUUCCUCCCCCAACAUGUCCAGGGGGGCUGCCGAGGCUGGCAGCUGGACCUGCUUAAUCCCUUCUCCAAGAGAUGGCUGAGGAGAGCCUUUCCCAGGGAGGUGAUGCCCCGUCCCUGUGGGUCCUUCUUCCCCAUCGCUCUCCCAGCACCUCCCAGCUGCUGAUGUGAGUUCGGCCCUGGCUGCCAGCCCUGACCCUGCAGCACAAAGCACCUCUAUCUGCUGGAAGCCUCUCUCCUCCUCCCCUCAGUGGUCCUUCCAGCCUGCAGAUGGGCCAGGAGAGGCUCGGGAGCAGGGAUCAUGGGUACAUGAGGGAGAUAACACCCUGCAGCUGCGUGUCCCUGAAACACAACCUUGUACUUGGGGAGGGGGAGACGUUCUUGGGUCCCUGUCCAAGCAGGAGGCGUUUCACAGAUAAAAGCAGAGCUCAUGUCCCAGAGAAGCUCUUGGUAUCCUCUUUGAGGCAGUGAAAAGCAGCUGGAGUGGCCCUGGGGCUGCCCCUCAUUAGCUAUGGAGGGUCUGCUUGGGCUGCCCCGCU